AUGCCGUCCUCCGCUGGUCAGAAGGUCACCGACCCCAACGCGCCUCCGGUCUCCGAAAGCGCCGGCAUCAUCACCAGUGACUCCCUGGCUGCCGAAUCUCUGAAGGGCGACGGUUCCUUCGCCGCCGGCAACCCCAAGUCCGGCAUCUCUUCACAGUCCAGCGCCGGUACCACGGCCAACACCACGGACACGUCGGCCGCCCGCACUCUGAACUCGGCCUUGGACGCGGAGUCGCGCGACGCGCAGUCGGAGUGGGGCGAGCAGGUGCAGCUGAACGCAGGCAGCGGCCUGACGGGCAGCGCCCCCACGGCGUACAGCGCCAGCCAGCUGCUCGAGAAGGAUCAGAAGCCGAAGGGCAAGAACAUCACCGAGAGCGACGAGAUGUUCAGCGCACCCAACGCCAGCUUCAACAACGAGAUCGGGACCAAGAACGAUCCCGGUCGCGUGGCGGAGCAGACGAUGCAGCGUCAGGCCCAGAAGAGCGGCCUCGCUUCAGCGCAGCCGAAGGAUAAGAGCGACAGCGGCGACCAGCCCUACUCUGUGCUGAAGGAGACGUCGGCCUAG